AUGACUGCGAUAUUGCUGGAAAAGGCCCAGGCGGCAUUGCCUUACCUCUUGGUUGUUGUGAUAGGGUUCCUGUUGAAACGAAAAUAUGCACCGUCGAUAGCGCACAUCAAAGGACCGUGGCUGGCGUCGGUGUCGACCAUCUGGCAGAUCUGGCACACCGCGAAAGGAGACAUCGAGUACGCUGUGCGCCGAGAGCAUCAAAAACAUGGCGACUUCGUCCGAAUCAGCCAUAACGAAGUAUCAUGCAGCCAUCCCGACAGCAUCGCCGCGAUUCUAGCACCACCAUACCGCAAGGGGGAAUGGUACCAAGCGCUCGCCGUCCCCGACAAAUACCACCAAACACCCAUGUCCGAGUGCGACCCGAAGCGCCACCGCGAGCGAUCCUCCAUCACAGCCAGCAGCUACAGUCUGUCGUACCUGAUCAAAUCCGAGUCGCGCGUUGACACCUGCAUCGAAGAGCUCCGCACGCAGAUGCAGACUCUCGCUCGCUCCAAUCAGCCCUUCGCCUUCGACGACUGGCUCAACUUCGUCGCCUUCGACGUCAUCGGCGAGCUCACUUUCUCGCAGCGUCUCGGCUUCGUGCGCACCGGCAAAGACAUCGAUAACUCCAUCGGCAGCAUGCGGUUCCUCAUGCUCUACCAGGCCGUCAUGGGAUACAUGUACUGGCUGCAUCCGCUGGUCUUGCACAGUCCGUUCGCGGGGUACUUUGGGUUGAAGCCGCAUGCGCAUAUCUUCGAGACGGUCAGCGCGGCGGUGGAGAAGAGAAAGGGAAAGGCUGGGCUGAAGAAUGAUAUGGUGUCGCAGUGGAUCAGUAAUCAUCAGAAGUGGCCGGAGAGGAUGGAGGAGAGGGAGAUUCUGGCAGUUGCGGGCAUGACGACGAUUGCGGGCUCUGAGACUAUGACGGGGGCGCUGGCGAGUUUCUUUUAUUUUCUCUUGAAGAAUCCGGAGUGUAUGGAGAGGUUGAAGGGGGAGUUGAGGAGUGCGCAUAGGGCUGGUCAGCUCUCGCCGGUUGUUCAGCAUGAAGAGGCGAAGCAGUUGCCUUAUCUGCAGGCUUGCAUCAAAGAAUCUCUUCGAUAUUUCGCCCCCGUGCCGUUUGGCCUCCCUCGCAUUGCGCCUGCAGAGGGAAUCAAGCUUGGUGACCACUUCUUUGAGUCGGGGACAAUCCUCUCCGUCAAUCCAUUCGUCAUCCAGCGCGAUCGCAGAUACUUCGGCGAUGACGCCGAGGUGUUCAAUCCCGAUCGAUGGAUGCGACCCGAAGCCGCAAGUUACGAGAAGUACCUCAUCACCUUCGGGACCGGAUACAACGGGUGUCCGGGGAAACAGUUCGCCUAUGCGGAGAUUGGCAAAGUCACGGCCACUUUGCUGCGAGAUUUCGACUUCGAGUUCGACAAGCCGGAUACGGAGUGGGAGCAUCGCAGCCAUUUCACCAUUGCGCAGAAGAACUGGCCGGUUAGGAUUCGGCAGACCGAGUUGUAGGUAUUUUGGUUUGGAGCAGAUGAAUGUGGGAUUAUUGAACAAAAGAGUAAGGUUUUGAUGUUCGCUUGAGG